AUGGAGGUGGCCGAGCUGAGCUCUCGACUAUCCGAGGUGAUUACCUAUGGUCCCAGCGACCCUGUCCCUGCCGCCUCCAGCAAUCAUGAAACUCUCGUGAUUGAAGUUCUCACCAAUAAUUACAUAGUCAAAAAAGUCUAUGUUGACCCCGGAAGCUCGGUAGACGUCUUGUACUACCGGACUUUCAAAAGUUUGAAGCUGACCAGAGAGCAACUAACUCCUGUCAGAACUCCCCUCGUCGGCUUUGGGGGACACGUAGUCCACCCGGGGGGUAUGGUGUCCCUGAUGGUGACUAUCGGGCGUCAUCCCCGCUGCCGAACUGUACCUGUUAGCUUUACGGUGGUCAAAGCAGAUUCUCCUUAUAAUAUGCUAAUAAGUCGACCCACACUCAACGCCUUGAGGGCUGUGUACUCUACCUACCACCUGAGUUUCAAAUUUUCGACGCCUGCGGGGGUGGCCGAAGUGAGCAGUGACGUGAAUGCCGCCCGAGAAUGCUACCUCGCCACCAUCCAGGCCGCGGUCACUCCUCGGACUGCAUCAAAGGCCGAAGAAAAGAGGCUAGCUGUCCUCUCCAUAGACAGCAUCGAUCCUCGAAAGGUAGGAAAGCCCGGCAGGCUUGAAUCUAGGGAUGAGGUGGAGCAGGUGGUCUUGGAUGAGGCGAGACCUGGAUGA